AUGUUUAAGAAAAGAGUAGUUAAAGAUCCUACUUCAACAAAACGAAAAUUAUUUGAUACAAACAACGAUGAUAAGGAGGUAACAGAAGGAUUCAACACAACUUAUGAUAAGGAGAUACCGAACUCAAAAAAGUCAAAACUAUCCACUACAAAUUCAUCAUCAUCAUCCCAUACAACGAAAAAACCAUCAUCAUCCAUACUAUCCCAGAUCGAACUUAAUCAAACAACCUCAGAAAAACUCAAGACCAAUGAAGACAAAUCAACUACAGAAAUAAUCAAAUCCAAUCCCGAAACUAAAACUCCACAAAAUAUAAAAUUAACAACAAUUACUGAUUUUCAACCAGAUGUAUGUAAAGAUUUUCAACAAACUGGAUAUUGUGGGUAUGGAGAUACAUGUAAAUUCUUACAUAUAAGAAAUGAAUCUAAACAAAAAAUACCUAUAAAAAAGGAUUGGGAAAAUGUUAUAAAUGAAAAUGAAACAAAGCUGCUGAUUAAAAAAUCAAAGACUUCCAAAAUUAAUAAUGAUUUACAGCCUUUCAAAUGUGUUUUAUGUAAACAAGAUUAUAAAAAUCCAAUUAAAACUAAAUGUAAUCAUUUAUUUUGUUCUUCUUGUUUUAUGAAAAGGUAUAAGUCGGAAAAAAAACUGAAAUGUUUUAUAUGUGGUGAAGAUGUUGAUGGAAUAAUGAUACCUGUUAAUCAAAAAGAGUUGGAUAAAUUGAUAAAUGGAGAGUAG